UGGAAAACCACCGUUGCACCUUCACCCCGCGGUGAUUUAAGUUUCCGACACCAUGAAGCCAGUAUAAAAGCUCCGGAGGCGUUUCAGAGGGCACAUUCGCAACAAGCCCGCACAACCAACAUGAACAAGUUGCUCGUUUCCUUCGCCCUGGUUGCCGCGGCCGGCGCCUUUGCCCAGGAGUACCAGCCGGUGUACCACGCCGUGCUGGCCGAGGAGCAGCUGGCCCCUCCGAGGUACGCCUUUGAGUACUCGGUGCACGACGAGGAGAGCAAGGACAUCCACUCGCACAAGGAGUCCCGCGACGGCGACAAGACCGAGGGCGAGUACAGCCUGGUGGAGCCCGACGGCGGCGUACGCACCGUCAAGUACCACGUGGACGGCAACAGCGGCUUCAUCGCCGAGGUGAUCCGCUCCGGACAGGUGGCCGUGCCCGUGCCCAUCAAGCCCCUGGUGGUGGCCAAGCCGGUGUACAUCAAGCCCGCGGUGGUGCAGCACGUCUACCAGCCGCAGUACGUGCAGGUGCCCACUCCGGCCUCGUACGUCAACUCGCGCGCCUUCGAGGCCCGCUCCUUCAACGCCGCGCCCCUGUACAACCAGAGGAACGUGGAGGAGGCCGCCCUGCCCACCACCACCGAGAUGUACCAGGAGAGCUCCACCGACGAGCCCGCCAGAGCCUGAGAGCCGCGCGCCCUUUGUUCUAGCUUUGCGUGCCGUUGAGUAGUUGUUGUUAUAGAAUUCUGCUACUUGUCACCUUUCCGAAUGACUUUAUUUUUUUACCCUGUUUUGUAUAGUUAAUAAAAUUGCACCAAAGGUAGACACUGUUAAA